AUGGACACAGAUCCAGUAGAACAAAUUGAAACGAAAUUUCAUGAGCUUGUCGCUGAAUUGUCGGAAGAACGGAAACGACUACUUGCAGAUCAUUAUGGCGUAUUCUGUCGUAAAAUCUUCAGGAUAGUGCAUUUUGAACCAACAGAUUUGACUAUUUGGCUUACGUCGGCUCAGAAAUCUGCUUUGGGCUUGAUGAUUCAAGAUCCAAAUAUGUAUGAAUUCUACAGCAACACUACUGGGGAGGCCAAAGAGGAGGCCAAGGAUAUCAUUGAAUCCGGUUGUCGACAUUUCAUAGCUCAUAUGUUCGGGGAUGACAAUGCUGAGGAAGUAGAGGAGUUACGAUUGGCUGGAACUGUGUCAAAACAACAUUUAGCUGCUAAAUUGGCAACCCAUGCAUUAGAGGUGUCAAAUGAGGUGGACAGGAAGAGAGCUGAAGGCUCCUUAUCCAUCUGUAGUCGUAUCUACCUAGGCUAUGAUGGUUCUUGUGAAUGUCAUAACCAUGCUGAAAGUUGUGACAGCGUACAGGCUCCUUAUCCAUCUGUAGUCGUAUCUACCUUGGCUAUGAUGGUUCUUGUGAAUGUCAUAACCAUGCUGAAAGUUGUGACAGCCUGCAUGGAAGGAUUUACGGGAGAUCCGCUUAAUGGUGGAUGUACUUUAGUAGAACCGGAGGAGACCCCAUGCACUUGCAAUAAUCAUUCCACUACGUGUGAUUCAGAGGGAAAAUGCCAGUCAUGUCUUCAUAACACCAUCGGUGAUAGUUGUGAGCGAUGUGCAGCGGGGUUUUAUGGUGACGCAACAACUGGUACUGCUGACGAUUGCACCAGAUGUCCAUGUCCGUCAUUAAUUUAUCAACUUUCCAGAGACAAUGGCGACUGCUUUGUAAAUGACAAUAAUCUAGUCGAAUGCAACAAAUGUCCGCAUGGGAAACGAGGGAUCACAUGUGAUGAAGAAUCUACUGUACAAAGAGAGGAAGAUGAAGGAUCGAAGCAAUCUGAGGAACCUAAGGAAUCCUCUCAAAAAGCACAAGAAAGAAAGGAUGAAGAAGUAGAAAAACCUCGCCUUGAAGGCGAAGAGCAGAAGAGCGGGGAAGACCGACAACAAAUUGAAACUAAUGAAAUUGCUAGUACAAACAAGGAGAAUACAAUGGAAAUUGAAGGAAAUAAGAUUCUCUACUGUGUCCCAUGCGGUACGGAUGAUGAAGAGUUCUACAUUAGCCGCUGA